GGCUCGUCGGGUUCUGCAGAAUUCGUCAAGGGCUGUUUGGGAGUGUAGGGGGCAAAUGUUGGCAUUUAUCAAUGGGGGUACUGCGGGGGUACCUGCCACGUGGCGGACGUACAUUUCACCUAAAAUGUUGCACUCGUUGCCACGUCAGACAAGUCGUGGAGCUUCGAUAAUUUCAGCAUGCAGCAGGUCAUCUUCCGCUUCCGCUUUGCAAAAUCGUCUCUUCUUGGGAAGUCAUCAUGUUGGAUUCGAACAGAUGCGCUACGCGACGACGGCGACUCAUCUGUUGGGAUCGGAACCUGCGGUUUUGCACAGGAGGGUGACCCGACGAUGGAUAAGCAAGUCCGCCGCGAUCCCGACCGUUCAGGCUGUUGCCGAGGCCGAAGCUGAAAGCCCCACGAAGCCAAAGCUGAGCAGAGGAGAGAGGAGGGCAGCGAUGCAGGAGUUUGUGAAAAAUUAUGUGAAUAGUAUGGGAAAGCUGCCUCGUCUCACCAAUCUGCUGAAGGAGUUCGGUGGUAGUUCGAAGACCGCAAAGGAUGUGAUCGAGGAGUUCCGCAUCCAGUCUGCAGGUCAGGAUCUGUCAGAGAAUCUUGUCGACGAGGAGGCAAAGAGUACGACUGACCAGACUAGCACAAGCCCGCUCAAUGGAAGACUUCCAACGGCGUCGAUUCUAGUUGGAAAGUUAGGUCAUCAAUUUGCGCCUGACGACGAGGAUUUGUCCCGAGCGCAGGAGGGGAUUGCCGGUCCUGACGACAUUUAUACGAAUGGAUACGCAUCAGCGCAUCAUUCAGCGGACGUGUCAGAGCAUGAAAGUCAAAGUCAAAGUCAAAGUGAAAGUGAAAGUCAAAGUCAAGUGCCUAAUUCCCAUGUCGGAGGCAGCGAAGAGUUAUUGCUGGACCGGUUGCGAAUGUUAGGAAACAAUGUCCACGAGAGUGCGGUGAAUGGAAAUAAUGAGCUGUCGCUUCGCGAUACUUUGCCGAAGAUCAGUUAUGUAGAAUUGGGAAAGCAGCAGGCGGAGCCGCCACCACUGGAUUUGUACAUGUCAGAGGAUCAAGAAGAAGGAGAAGAAGAUGACGACGAUGAAGAUGAAGAUGAAGACGAAGACGAAGAUGAAGAUGAGGUUGAGGUGGGUGAGGAGGAGGAGGAGGAGGAGGAGGAGGAUGGGGAGGUGGGAGUUGGCGAAUUCUCUGACAAGGUCAGUGUCGCCAGAGGUGGACUCGACGAUUCUGAUGAUCUGCCGCUUGAUAUUCCGAGAAUAAGACAGGGAGACAUGAAAAUUUCUACCAUGCACCUGCGGAACUUGCCAAUCAAUGCGUCCCCCCGGGAGUUAUGGGAUAGGUACAUUGAUGCACGCCAGUUGGGUACAAAGCAGCGUGAGCCUUUGCUGAUUCCCUCCAGAAGCAAUAACUACGAUGCAUAGUUGAGCUCAUGACGCAGAUGGUUGCGCCCUGGGCACACACAUACACACAAUGUGAGGACGGCACAGCGCUCAGCAGCCACGGGCGAAUGAAAAUGCAUCAUCGUC